CCGCCUCUAAGGUAGUUGGGCGGCCGGGACGAAGAUGGCGGCGGGCGCUGUGGCUCUGUGUGGGCUCCUGGCGGUGCUGGCGGCGCUGGCGGCGGGCGCUGAGGGGGGGGCCCGCACGCUGGUGCUGCUGGAGAACGGGAACCUGCGUGACACGCACUCAAUGUUCUUCCGCAGCCUCGCCGACAGGGGCUUCGACCUCACCUUCCGGACAGCAGAUGAUGCCGGCCUGUCCCUGAUAAAAUACGGGGAAUUCCUGUACGACAACCUCAUCAUCUUCUCCCCAUCCAUAGAAGACUUUGGUGGGAACAUCAAUGUGGAGACCAUCACCGCGUUCAUCGACGGCGGCGGCAGCGUCCUUGUUGCCGCCAGCUCGGACAUCGGUGACCCCCUGCGAGAGCUGGGCAGCGAGUGUGGGAUCGAGUUCGAUGAGGAGAGGACAGCGGUCAUUGACCACCACAACUACGACAUCUCCGACCCUGGCCAGCACACACUCAUCGUGGCCGACACUGAGAACCUGCUGAAGGCCCCAACCAUUGUGGGGAAAGCAGCACUGAACCCCAUCCUGUUCCGAGGAGUUGGGAUGGUGGCUGAUCCCGACAACCCACUUGUGCUGGAUAUCCUGACUGGCUCUUCUACCUCUUACUCCUUCUUCCCAGAUAAGCCCAUCACUCAGUACCCGCACGCGGUGGGGAAGAACACGCUGCUGAUCGCGGGGCUGCAGGCGCGCAACAACGCCCGCGUCGUCUUCAGCGGUUCCCUCGACUUCUUCAGUGAUGCCUUCUUCAAUUCUGCCGUGCAGAAAGCCACUCCCAACUCCAAGAGGUACUCCCAGACAGGUAACUACGAGCUGGCCGUGGCCCUGUCCCGCUGGGUGUUCAAGGAGGAAGGGGUUCUGCGCGUGGGCGCCGUGUCCCACCACCGCGUCGGGGAGCUGGCACCGCCCAACGCCUACACUGUCACUGACCUCGUGGAGUACAGCAUUGUGAUCGAGAAGCUCACUGACAGCAAGUGGGUGCCCUUCGAUGGGGACGACAUCCAGCUGGAGUUCGUUCGCAUCGACCCCUUCGUGCGCACCUUCCUCAAGAGGAACGGUGGCAAAUACAGCGUGCAGUUCAAGCUGCCGGACGUCUACGGCGUGUUCCAGUUCAAAGUGGAUUACAACCGGCUGGGAUACACCCACCUCUACUCCUCCACACAGGUGUCUGUGCGUCCCCUCCAGCACACGCAGUACGAGCGGUUCAUCCCCUCGGCGUAUCCCUACUACGCCGGUGCCUUCUCCAUGAUGGUCGGCCUCUUCAUGUUCAGCAUUGUCUUUCUGCACAUGAAGGAGAAGGAGAAAUCUGACUGAGCUCCCUGUGGGAGCCUUUUCCUGGUGCGGGGAGGGCUGGGCAGUGCUCAGAGCCUCCUGUGUAUCCGUGUGAGAACUGGUGGGUGCUGGAUGUGCUGUGGGGCUGUGUUUGGUCUUUUUUAGUUUUACACAUGGGGGGUUAUUGAGAAUGAAAAUUAAAUUUUGGGGGGAGAAUCUGUUGCCGAAGUGUCUGCAAACCUGGGACCAGAAUGCUUCUGGUGUUUACAGAUGAGUCUCGAUGUUUGCUUCGCUCCACUGUUGGAAUGAUUUGGGUUGGAAUGAUUUGGGCUGGAGUUGGGUUGGAAUGAUUUGGAUUGCAGAUUAACUCCCAGUUCAAAAUAAAGUCUCGUUCCUCUC